AUGGUGGUCUUUCUGGGCAGCAACAGCCUGUCAGAUCCAAACCCAAAUAACGUGAGGCUGAACGUGAUAAGCGCCACCUGCCAUCCUGGGUUCAACCCGUCGACUCGUGAGAACGACAUUUGUCUUCUGAAGCUGUCGGCUCCUGUGAAUUUCACAGACUACAUUCAGCCGAUCUGCUUAGCCUCAGAAAACAGCACUUUCAACAGUGAGACCAGCAGCUGGGCCAUCGGCUUUGGUGACAUUGAGAGAUUGAUCUUGAACCUGCAGGAGGCAAAAGAUAAACUUGGAGCGCCACUCAUGACUCAGAGUAAAUCAGUCUGGGUCCAGAAUGGAGUUUUCAACUGGCCCGGAUGCAAUGUAUUUCCUUCAGUCUACAUUCCUGUGUCCCAGUACCAGAAAUGGAUCAGCGACACAGUUACAGGGACACCACCAGGCUUUGUUACCUUCACCUCCCCACAUAGUUCAUUACAAACCACUGCUCCUCCCACGGCUCCUCCCACCACUCCUACUGCCCCUCCCACUUCCCCGACAUGUGAGGGUGUGUUUUGCAGUGGUGAAAACCUGAUCCACUUCACUCACUUCACCUCACUGUGUGUUCUCAUUGUGUUGCUCCAUGUGUUUGCUGGAACUGUUGGAAACUAGAUCAACACAUUUACUCAAGUUCAAGUACAAACA